AUGGAGCUAAAUGCUCAUGUAAAUGCUGAUGAGCCGAGUCUAUCAGGGGAAAGUCUUGCUGAGAAAUCAAACUUAAUUAAUACGUUGAUUUUUCAAAGAUUGACAGGAAAAGUUGCAGUUAUAACUGGUGGUGCAAGAGGGAUUGGAGCAGCCACAGCAAAGAUCUUCGCUAUAAACGGAGCCCACGUCGUCAUAGCCGACAUACUCGACGAACUGGGGGCCACCCUGGCCGAUUCCAUCAGAGGCCGGUACGUGCACUGCGACGUGUCAAAGGAAUCCGACGUGAUAACCGCCGUGCAACUCGCGCUGACAUGGAAAGGCCGAAUAGACAUCAUGUUCAACAACGCUGGAAUCGGGGGCCCCAACGGCAGCAUCGCCUUCCUGGAAAUGGACCAGUUGAAGACUCUGCUCGAUAUCAACUUAAACGGGAUAGUACACGGGAUAAAGCAUGCCGCUAGAGCCAUGAUCCGUAGGGGGGAUGGCGGAUCGAUCAUAUGCACGUCGAGCUCAGCCGCCAUCAAGGGGGGCCUAGCUGCCCACGCUUACACGCUUUCCAAGGAAGCCAUAAUUGGUUUAGUGAGGAGUGCCGCGUGCGAGUUAGGCAUGCACGGGAUUCGGGUGAACUGUGUUUCGCCACACGGUGUUCCUACGGAGAUGCUGGUGAGUGGGUACCGGAGGUUCCUCGGGAACACAGAUUUGGGAUCGGAAGAAGUGAGUAGAAUCGUGGGGGAGAAGGGGAGUUUGUUGCGCGGGAGAUGCGGGACCGUGGAGGAUGUGGCGCACGCAGUGUUGUAUCUAGCCAGUGAUGACGCUGGAUUCGUAACGGCACAUAAUUUGGUGGUUGAUGGUGGGUAUACUUCUGCUUCCAAUCAAAUGAGUUUCGUCUACCAAUGUUAAGAUUGGAGUACUCAUAGUCAUUCGACUC